UUGAUGUUUCUUGGAAAUUCAGGUGUUUUGAAAAAAUGGGCAGAAAUUGGGUCUUCUUGAUGGGGCUUAUGCUUCUGUGUUGCUUAGCAGAAGCAGAAUAUAUGAAAUAUAAAGACCCCAAACAACCGAUAAGUGUUCGAAUCAAAGACUUAAUGAAAAGAAUGACUUUGGAGGAAAAAAUAGGCCAAAUGACACAGAUUGAACGCGAUGUUUCAUCAGCUGAUGUGAUCAAGAAUUACUUCAUAGGGAGUGUCUUGAGUGGAGGAGGGAGUGUUCCAGCUAAAAAAGCUUCAGCAAAGGAUUGGAUUGAGAUGGUGAACGGUUUUCAAAAAGGUGCUUUAUCUACCAGACUUGGAAUUCCGAUGAUUUAUGGUAUUGAUGCUGUUCAUGGCCACAACAACGUUUACAAUGCAACUCUCUUUCCUCAUAAUGUUGGCCUUGGAGCUACAAGGGACCCUGAACUUAUUAAAAGGAUUGGAGCUGCAACGGCACUUGAAGUAAGAGCUACAGGAAUUCCAUAUACUUUUGCACCUUGUAUCGCGGUUUGCAGGGAUCCGAGAUGGGGUCGAUGCUUUGAAAGCUACAGUGAAGAUCCUAAGAUUGUUCGAGCAAUGACUGAGAUUAUACCAGGACUACAAGGAGAUGUUCCUGCUGGCUCUCAAAAGGGUGUCCCGUAUGUCUCAGGAAAAACAAAGGUUGCAGCUUGUGCUAAGCAUUUUGUGGGUGAUGGUGGGACAACCAAUGGCAUAAAUGAAAACAACAAUGUGAUAGACAGACAUGGUUUGCUCAGCAUACACAUGCCAGCCUACUAUGACUCCAUUAUUAAGGGUGUGUCAACUGUCAUGGUCUCAUACUCUAGCUGGAACGGAGUUAAGAUGCAUGCUAACCGCGAUCUUGUAACUGGAUUCUUGAAGAAAACUCUUCGAUUCAGGGGUUUUGUCAUCUCAGACUGGGAGGGUAUUGACAGGAUCACAAGUCCUCCACAUGCUAACUACACAUAUUCCAUUGAAAUGGCCAUCAAUGCUGGCAUUGAUAUGAUCAUGGUUCCAGAAAACUAUACAGAAUUCAUUGAUGGUCUAACAUCCCUCGUAAAGAAAAAUGUCAUCCCCAUGACCCGCAUUGAUGAUGCAGUGAAGAGAAUUCUAAGAGUUAAGUUUGUGAUGGGUCUUUUUGAGAAUCCACUAGCUGAUGAGAGCUUUGUCGACCAGCUUGGAAGUCAGGAGCACAGAGAAUUGGCUCGCGAAGCUGUAAGGAAAUCUCUUGUGCUGCUGAAGAACGGUGAAUCAGCUGAUCAGCCAUUGCUACCUCUUCCUAAAAAGGCAUCAAAAAUACUAGUUGCUGGCACCCAUGCUGACAAUCUUGGUUAUCAAUGUGGUGGGUGGACAAUUGAGUGGCAAGGACUUAGCGGCAACAACAUGACAAGUGGUACUACUAUCCUCACUGCCAUAAAGAAUACAAUUGAUCAACAAACUGAAGUCGUCUUUGAGGAGAACCCAGAUGCCAACUUCGUCAAGUCCAACAAUUUCUCUUAUGCAAUAGUUGUAGUUGGUGAACAUCCCUACGCAGAGACAAAGGGUGACAGCUUGAACUUGACAAUCCCUGAUCCUGGUCCAAGCACCAUCACAAAUGUUUGUGGAGCUGUAAAAUGUGUUGUUGUCGUAAUCUCCGGCCGUCCAGUCGUGCUAGAACCAUAUGUUUCUUCAAUGGAUGCUCUUGUUGCCGCCUGGCUGCCGGGAUCCGAGGGUCUAGGAGUUACUGAUGCUCUAUUUGGUGACUAUGGUUUCAAUGGGAAGCUUCCCCAUACAUGGUUCAAGACUGUUGAUCAGCUGCCUAUGAAUGUUGGUGAUUCACAUUAUGACCCCCUCUUCCCAUUUGGGUUCGGCCUCACUACCAAACCGACGAUGGCUAACUAAGCUAUUUAUCUAUUUUGAAACCAUUUUAAAGAUUUUCAUAUUGUGUAACUAGUAUUUGUAAUUUUUAACAAUAAAUCAAUAGAACAAAAGAAAUGUGACACUGUUGUUACA